AUGACCCUCGCGAAAAACUCAUCCGCUUUCGAUCUAUCCGGCCUCGUCCACAGCAGCUGGGCCUGGAAACAUGAUUCAACAGAAAUUCUGACAAACUUCAGCAUGCCAGCUUGUAACUCCACUACACAGACCGGUGAUUACAGAAUUCUGCUGGAGACCGGAAUUUGGUAUAAUACACACAAUUGGUCGGAUUUCAGAUUCCCGCAGAUGAAUGCCUCGUUCGACGACCAUACGGCUAAUUUGACCCUGACCGGUAAAUUCAGCUCAGAGGUAUAUCUAAAGAGAAAAUACCUAGAAUCGCCAGUUGUCAGCCAAGCUGCUUUGGGUAGUUUCGAACUGCACUUUAGUGGGUCUUUGGAUGAGCUACACUCAGAUGUGCUGGAUAUGAACUCGUCGUCCCCGACAUGGUUGCGGACAGUUGGUUUUGGAAACAACUCGUUGAAUGUCGAUAAUGAUGCGAAGAAUGCCGCUGGACUAGCUCGCGUGACCUCGGGAAGCACUUUUAUCAUUGUGCUAUACCUGAUUUUGGGUAUGUUCCUCGGCGUGUAG